ACCAAAUCAAAAUGUCUUUCAACCUUCUUCCUUUUGUUCCCUUCAUACUCUUCUCAAUCUUUCUAUACAAAUGGCAUCUAUCAACCAAGCGCAGCACAAUGCUUCACUUACCACCCAGCCCACCAAAGCUUCCUAUCAUAGGAAACCUCCAUCAACUCGGUAAAUUCCCUCAACGCUCCCUACGAUCCCUUUCUCAAAAGUACGGCGAUCUCAUGUUGCUCUACUUAGGCAACAGACCGACCCUUGUUGUGUCCUCCGCAAAUGCAGCCUAGGAAAUCAUGAAGACACACGACCUCGUGUUUGCCAACCGGCCUAACUUAAGAUUCAUCAACAAAAUCUUCUACGGCGGUAAUGACGUAGCUUUUAGUUCAUACGGUGAAAAAUGGCGGUACAUGAAGAGCAUCUGUGUGACGCAGCUACUGUCCAGGAGAAUGGUGCAAUCUUUUAGACCUAUAAGAGAAGAAGAAGUUGCUCGAGUAAUCGAAGAAAUCAAGAGCUAUGAUAGAUCAAUUCUAAACUUGUCCGGAAUUCUAUUGGCGCUAUUCAAAGGGAUUAUAAAUAGGACGGCCUUAGGACGGACGUGCACCGGUGUUGACGAAAACGGUAUCGGCUUUUAUAAGCUUAUAAAGGAUCUUUUGAAGGUGAUGGGGAAGGUGAGUGUGGGAGAUUACGUUCCUACUUUAAGAUGGGUUGAUAGAUUGAGUGGUUUGGAAAGGCAAGUCGAAAAUAUGCGGAAACAAUUUGAUGAUUUUAUUGAGACUAUAAUUCAAGAGCAUGAGAUUCGGUUGAAUUCAGAUCAAGUGUACACUGAUGAAGGCGAUGAACAUCGUAUCAAAGACUUUGUAGACGUUUUGCUCAAAGUUCAGAGCGAAAACCCAGAAUGGCUUUCAAGAGAUAACAUCAAGGCCAUUAUACUGGUAAGCCAUUCCCGGUUCUCACCUGAUUACCAUUGAAAAUUCUAUAGCAGUCGUUUGAAAUAUGACUACGAUAAUGUUUUCUUGAUUAUAUGGUUCAUA